CGGAGGGGCGGGGCGGGUCGGGGCUUGACACGCCCCACCCCCCGCGGCCGCUGUUCACCACGGAGUGCUGAUCCGUUAGACGCGGCCUCCUUCUCGCCCUCGAUCUGACCCGGGCCCCUGGCAGAGAGACGCCGUCGCACCCGGGCUUCCGGGAAGGGACGAGGAGCGGCGCCAGGGCGACGGGCCGGCUAUGCCUCCAGCCGCUACGAUUCCAGCCGGCGACCGCGAGCCUGCGGCCUCGGGGACGCAGCGGGGCCCCGGGGAGGCCGCGCUUUGAGGUCCCCGGCUCCCAGCGCCCGCCGCGGCAGCGCCGGAGCAUCCCAGGGCCGGCGCUCGCCCGUUUCCGUCUCCCUCGCACUCUGACGCCCAGCGUCGCCUCACUUCCUCCGCCGCCGCCCGCCAUGGCCUCCGCCGCCCGGGAGGGCGCUGGCUCCGGGCGCAGGCGCCCGCCGCCGCGCCGGGCCCUGCCCGGCCUGUUGCUGCUGUGCUUGUGGCUGCCCGGUGGCCGCGCGGCCGGCUCGCCCUCCGCGCCGCUGUCCGAGCUGCACGCGCAGCUCUCGGGAGUGGAGCAGCUGCUGGAGGAGUUCCGCCGACAGCUGCAGCAGGAAAGGCCGCAGGAGGAGCUGGAGCUCGAGCUGCGCGCGGGCGGCGACCCCCAGGAAGGCUGCCGAGGCCCCGGGGGCGGCGGCUACAGGGCCAGGCCCGACGCCAUCAUCCGCACCAAGGACUCGAUCGCGGCCGGCGCCAGCUUCCUGAGCGCGCCGGCGGCCGUGCGGGACUGGCGGCAGUGCCUGCAGGCUUGCUGCCUCGAGCCGCGCUGCUCCGUGGCCGUGGUGGAGCUGCCCCGGAGACCAGCGCCCCCGGCCGCCGCGCUCGGCUGCUAUCUCUUCAACUGCACCUGGCGCGGCCGCAGCGUCUGCAAGUUCGCGCUGCACCGAGGUUACAGCAGCUACAGCCUCAGCCGCGCCCCAGAGGGCGAGCAGGAAGGCCUGGAAGCCGGAGCCCUGGCCCUCGCCCGGGCCUCGCCUCGGCUGGAAAAGGACGAGCCUCCACUCAGCAAGGCAGGGCAGGAUGUGGUUUUGCAUCUGCCCACAGAUGGCGUGAUUCUGGAUGGCCGAGAAAGCACAGAUGACCACGCCAUCGUCCAGUAUGAGUGGACACUGCUGCAAGGUGACCUGACAGUGGACAUGAAGGUGCCUCAGUCCGGAACCCUGAAGCUGUCCCACCUGCGGGAAGGAACAUACACCCUUCAGUUGACAGUGGUGGACACUGCUGGGCAGAGGAGCUCCGACAACGUGUCAGUGACCGUGCUUCCCGUGGCCUUCUCCAUAGGAGGAUGCUCGAGUGUCUGCUCACGCUACCACUUCUUUUGUGACGACGGCUGUUGCAUUGACAUCACGCUGGCUUGUGACGGAGUGGAGCAGUGUCCUGAUGGGUCUGAUGAAGCUUUCUGUCAAAAUCUGAGCGCUGGCCGGGAGAUGGAGACCCACACCACCCCGGCACAGCCUAGAACCCCGGGGCCAGGCGCAGAGGCAGGCCGGAGCGCAUCGCCUGAAAAGUCGGAGAAACCUGCCACCCCAAAACAGACACCUGAACUAUCAACCACAGAGAAGAAGAAUCAUUCCACCUUUGGGGGACCAGAAAGUCACAUUGAUCUUGAGAUGCCAGGGAGACCAAAAUGACAAAAUGAUCGACCUAGGAAGAUUCUCACUAUCAGCCCACGAUACGCCUCCAAGAAGAGGAGGAAGCAAGAGGAGGAAGUGGCAAAACCAGAGCGACCCUGGCAGUCUAAUAAACCUCAGGUUUAUCCCUCCGCCGGCCGCUGCCUGGGGCGGGGCCUCCGGGCGGAGGAAGGGCCGGCCACGUGGCCAGAGGUGCAGUGUACCUCACCGGAAAGGGUCCGCUCCUCUGACCUGGCAUCCUCCACUCCUGCAAAAUGGGCUUCCUGGUCCUGCUUCUGAUUGUCUGGUUCAGCUGGACACCCGGCGGGGCCUGGGUUCCAUCCCUGGUGGGGGAGCUGGAUCCUGCAUGCCACAACUGAGAAGUCAGCAUGCUGCUACUAAAGAGCCCACGUGUUUAUGACUCUGACCAUUGCCCUAAGUGGACAUCUACCCGUUUGAUGUGGCCGAGUACCUGAAAGAGGAUUACCAAAUAGCCCCGCCUAUCAACUGUCCUGAUGAACCAUUUCUGUGAUGGCUUGUGCUGGGCCUUCGAUCCGGAGGAGAGGUGCAGUUCCAGCAAAGGGCCCAGUGUCUCACAGAGGUCCGUGCAGCCCUGGGGGCCUGUGUCUGACCCUCCUCUCACAGUCCCCCAACGUCAGGAGGAAGGUGCCUGUCGAGGCCCACUUGGAGUCAGCCAGUCACAUGCAUCACCCAGCACUGCAGAAGGACAUUUGUCUUCCAAAACACCAUGCCUUAGGAAUGGAAUAGCAUCUCAACUUUCUAAGACAGACUUAAUGAUGUGGAAUACUUUCUCAAUAUCACUUUUAUUAUGUUUAACAGAAAAUGUUUGUGUAAAUUUUUUACACAUAGUUGCCUUUGAGGUAUAGGUAUAUUCUUACAAGAGUUUUAAAAUUGUUUAAACACACAUAUUUGAACUAACAAUCUUACUACCAACUGCUUUUUAUUUUCUUAACUUCUACAAGGUAAUGCAGUUGAUUCACCUUUAAAGUUUUGCUUUUUUGGACUAGUUUUGGGAAUGAUUUAUCUUCAACAUGCAAUCCUUUUUCUUAGGAAAAUAAAAACCGUCCAGCAGUUAUGGGCUAAUGCCCCCACUCCUUUGCUGCAGAGUAGCUACCUUGGUCCAAAGUGCCCUAGGGGAAGCCACAGAUGUGAGGAGAGGAUAGUGGCCAUAUAACAGCUCUAGUGUCACAUCUAGGCCAGCUGCUGGUGGGUCUUGUUGUUCCCUGUGGCCCUGCUUAUACCAAAACACAGCCACUUCUAUCCUAUGACGGCUGGCCUACCUGAACUAAUGAUUAGGGGUUGAUGAGCACACAUCACGAUGGGCAACCCCAGUCCAUGACCAGAGGCCGCAUCUCUGCCAGACCCUAGGACCACACCAGGAGCCACGUUUAAAUGCUGUGACUUUCCCCACUGCAAGUGGCAUGGCCUAGCUUCAGGACACUCGGGGUCUG